UCCAUGGAAAUUGUGAAAGGAAAACAGGGUUUCAAUGAUUGCAGGUGUUUAAUAUCAGUGCUAGAGCUGAAACUGAUUUGCAUAAUGAUGCAAGACUUCCCCAAUGAGUCAGACGUCACUGUUAACUCUACCUCUUCCAUGUAUCAUAACUUUCACUAUGAGUUACACCUAUCUCUUCCGCGUUUGCACCUCACGGCGGCAGGCACACAGUUGUUUGCAGUACUACAAUGUCUGUUGCAUAUCUUUUAACUUUUUUGCUGAUCCUCUUGUCAAGUCAAGCCUGUUGGGGCGGAGAGAAAACCAAGAAUAUAGCUUGUGCAAACCUCAGAACAGGAAAUGCUUACAGAUACUGUGUAGAUGUGAAAGAGGAAUCUACAAGGAUCUUAUGCGUGGAGUGGAUGUCCAUGAUCCCCAAAGGGGUGACUUCAACCACAGAUGAUGUACGACUCGAUGAUACAAACGGGGGGUUCCAUAUCCUUCACCCAGAAUGUAUCUACGACUGUGGCUUGCUGAACUUUGCCGACACAAAAACACUUCACAUGCACCCAAUGUGAUUGAUGUCAGCUACUCCUGCAUCACCCUCCUGGAGUGUGUCAAUGUAGACCACAUUGUCAGAAAUGAUUUGACUGAGCAUUGGACCCGUAUCAUUGUCUCUGGUGUAUCAGACUGCCAUUGCCAACAGUGGAGGGAACAAGCCAAUGGGAUUUGAUAAGAAUGAGGUGGUAACGAUGAACAACAGUUCAAUCACCCUCUAUAAAUGCCAAAAUCUGAAAAUGAACAUAAUUUACAUUAAUUCUACACAGCAGAAGGCUGGAACUGAGUCUAAUGGUGAAGAACCCUCAGUUAAGGAGAGAUGUUCCCAUUACAUUGUCACAGAGAUGAGGAAUGAGGUUGUGACAACAGUACCUUUGAAUUCAACCAUCAUCCCAGAUGYAGACAAUCCUGAUGCAAACCGUGGUGACACUAGUUUGACCUGGAAAAAUGUUGGUGUUGUUGCUCUCGUGCUGGUCAUUGCUGGUUUGCUCUUGGUGUUUUUUUGUGUGUACAAACCUUGGAGAGACAAACAGCGCAACCAAGGCCACAGAGAAGUGGAAGCGGGUCAGGGCAUUCCAGAACCAAACUCCAUUCCUCUGAUGCAGAAUGAGCGACGUGAUGCCAGAGACAUCAGAAAGCCUGAUGACGGUGAGACUGUUGAAGCUGUGGUUGUUCCCAGUGACCAAGGAGGUGAGCCAGGACAGGAGAGCAGGCAGCCCAUGGACAAUGAGGAGACAGGCGCUGACAACCCUCUGCUGAAUGGAGAUGCCAGCGACCAAGGAGAGGAAGGUGUUCUAGGAAUGGAGGAUGGAAAGCCGUCAGACAAUGACAGAGCAGACACUGAAACCUGUCAGAAGACACAUGCUGAUUCCCCCACACUGAAUGUACCCAAGGUUGUCAGGGUUAACAGCCAGACUGAUGACACACAGCUUCUGGGUCAACCUCAGAGCAAUGGACACGUGCCAUAUAGAAGGAAGAACCUGUGACAACUAGAACAACGACAACAACAAUGGUGGCAGCUGCUGUGAAGACUACAGUAGCUACCACUAAGAUAACAUCAACUGCCCUUACCAAGCAGUCCACGGUACCCACAAAGAAACCUGAAGCAUCAGAACCAGAAGGGUUUUUUAUUGACAAUGUUAUGUGUUAUGCAUAAAUAUAUUCAUGAAAACUGAAAUCUGAGACCAUGACAAUUCCCACUCUCUCUUCACCUGACUCUAUGCCUCCAGGAUACUUUUCUGCUGGACUCCACAAAAAUAAAAUCCCUAAAAAGCUUCCUCAUGCUUCCACCCAGUCUUCCCCUUUCGGCCCCAGGUUCUGAGAGGUGUUCCCAAAUCAUGUCAUUUUUUACUUAGUUUCCCAUCUGCUCCAUUUCAACGGAUAAUCAUGUGCAUAACCUUAAUCAACAUUAUCUCUUCUUGAAGUAAUUCAACACUGUAUAUGCUUUCACAUCACAUAGAGCUCUUUUUUAUAUU